AUGACCGCACAGAAGAAACAACUUUCAUACUGGGUGCUCUGGCUGCUUGUCGUGUCGAAUUGCUGCAUCACGGUUUACCAAUGCCUCGACUUCUAUCGAAAGCAAAGACAAGACUUCGAGUCGAAAAAUCUAACAUAUAUAGGAGACGACUACCCUAUCGCGUUUCCUGUGAGAAAACUUGAUACGGUAGCGUUGACUCUGCAAGAAUCUGUCCAUUUUACACUCAACUCGACCUAUUCACUACUGGACAAGGAAUGGACAACGCUCACAACACAUCCGCAAGGAUUGGGCCGUGUACACAUGGGUCCUGACUAUAGGAUCUUCGCACUUGUUUUUUCUCACCAACUUCACUGUAUCCGCGAGAUGGAGCGUGCUUUCAUGCAUCGUGACCACUCGAUACCGACGUCUGGUCAUUUUCGACAUUGUCUAAACUACCUGCGGCAGUCAUUUCUGUGUGAUGCCACAGACAGCCUAGAAAAGGGAGACUUUUUGAAGAGAGAUUUCAAUGCAGAUAGGCUUGGGGAUACACUCAUCUGUCGAGAUUGGGAAAAGGUGUACAGCAAGAUGAGCGACCAGUUUUCGCAGUGGCUGCGGUGGAAAAAGGGACAUGGGAAGUUGUAA